AUGAAUAUAAAUUAAUUAGACAUUAGUGUAAAUAUUUUAGAAGAAAAUGAUGACUUAAAAUUCAUUUAAUAUUAGGUUCAUCUAAAUGGAAAUAUCUAUAAUUUGGAAGACAUCGUCUUUGUUAAUAAUUUUGAUUAAGUUAAGACCUAUUAAGAAAAACUAUAAAAAAAUGAAUUUUUAGGUUUUAUUCUGAAUAGAUGUAAAAUAAUUCCAAUCAAUCUUUUUAAGAUAUGUGUUUCAAAUCUAAUCGUAAAUAAUGAAAAAUAUAAUGGUUUAAAAAUCAUUGAUGAAUAAUAAUAAAAUAUACACGAUUUGAUAUUAAAAGCUUCUUAAGAAUCGAUUUAAGAAUGUUAUUAGAUUUUGAAUACAUUUUAAUCCCAUUUGUAAAGAAUUGUGUACCUACAUCAAAUUGUGAUGGUUGAUUCAUUUACUAAAGUGGAGCAAAGAAUCUAGUUUAUCUAAGAUUGCAUCGACUAUCUAUCAAAAUAUAAAUAUGAGGAAGGAUCACAUAUAAGCCAAUAUAUAAAAGAGAAGAAGUUGUUUGCUUUAAAUGAUCUUUUUAGACUCUAAUCAAGUCUCUUAAGGAAGGAUUUGUGUUAAACAACUCUAUUUUAGUUGCAAUAGUAAUCUGAUAUUCUUCAGAAUUUAAAUAUUUAAACUAGAAUCAUUAGAUUACAACUUGAUUUUAAUUAGGCAGAGUAUAUUUACACUUUAAACAAAAAGGUCCAAAUUAAUAUGUAAAAUAUAUCUGAAAUUUUAUAAACUUUAAAACUUAUGGAUAUCUACGAUAUUAAUAAGAAAUUGCAUUAGAUACCUGUUAUUCAAUAAAAUAAUACUGAAGUAAUAUAUCAGAUCAAUGAUUAUUUAAUAAAAAUUAUGUAAAUUAUAUUCGGAAGUCUGUAGUUGUAGGAGAAUUCAUUAUUAGGCGAACUAUUAUAGUAGUAUAAGUAAUAUUUUUCAAUGGUUUGUAAUUUAUAAAUUCGUUAUACUUAUCAUAUUUGUUUAAGUCUGACUUUGUCAAAGCAAGAAGCAUUAGAAAAUAGUUUGAAAGCAUUUUAAUUGGCAAUUGAAAUAAAUGACAUCAAUGACAUAAUUGAAAUAUUUAUAAAUACUUAAUUGUUAUAUAUUGAAACUGAUUAAGAGGCAGAAGGAUUGAAAUUCAGUUAAUAAUUCUUAGAUAACUUUGGAAGCUAAAAAAUAAAAUUAAGUCAUAAAGCUGAAUAUAAAUAGAUAGAAGAUAACAUGACUUAUAUGAUGGUUAAACUGAGAAUGAAUGAAUGA